CCUAAACACCAGACGCACAGAAACAUGGCGCUGCUCUUGGACACCAGACUCCUAAUAAGAAAAAUUAAGGAUUUAAGAAAUGUAACGCCUAAGCGACACAAAGUGAAAGAAAAAUGGGCUGCCACGCGUGUCAAGUACCCUCCCUCCACCCUGGCCCUGCGACACUUUGAUUCCACCUACAGCAUCCAGCUGGGGAAGCUGUGGCCCUCAGUGCGAGUCGCCCUGCUGUCAGAGAGGAAGUACGGAGCCCUGCUGAAUAACUUCGCCCACGAUGCAGUUCUGACAGACUUUGACGCCCAGGGAUGCCGAGACUUCAUCAGAGACGCUUAUACACAAAUUCAGCCAUGCCUGGAGAAAGAAUCGGAGGUGGUAGCCGAGGAGGAAUCCAUCAGUGUUUCAACAAAGAAAUCUGACUCUGACAGUCAGCAGCUGUCUCCUCUGCAGCUCAGUCUUAACAUCAAGUGCUUAGUGUUUCCAAGAGGGGACAUAACCAAAUUCAAGCCGGCAAGACCGGACACUAAAAGGUUGCUGAGUCAUUACCUGAUGGAUGCAGCGUCUGUGCUGCCAUGUCUCGCUCUGAACGUUCGAGGGGGUCACAAUGUGCUCGACCUUUGUGCUGCUCCAGGAGGCAAAACCCUAGCUUUACUACAGACACAUUCUAUUGGUUUUUUGUGUGUGAAUGACAACUCUGCGUCUCGGACAACACGACUGAGGAAGGUCCUCCAGAGCUAUAUUCCUAAGGAGCUUUUGACUGAUGAGAAACUACGCAUCACUUCCUUUGAUGGAACCCAGUGGGGCCAAAUCGAAAGGAACACUUUUGACAGAGUCCUUGUUGAUGUUCCCUGCACCACAGACAGACAUUCGCUCAUGGAGGACGACAACAACAUAUUCAGUAAGAACAGGACGGGUGAAAGACGAAGGCUGCCAGAAGUACAGACGGAGCUUCUCCUGGCAGGAAUCCUAGCUGCUUGUCGGGGUGGGGAGAUUCUUUACUCCACCUGCACACUCUCUCAGAUUCAGAACAUGAGUGUGGUGGAGCAGGCCAUCUAUUUGGCUAAAGAGAACCAUGGCAUCCAACUCCAGGUUGUUGACCUUCGAGCCCUCACACAAAUGUUUAGGAAAACCUUUCACUUCGCCCCCGACCUCCCCCUGGGUGAGAUGGUCAUCCCACACUUAGCGGCUAACUUUGGCCCCAUCUACAUGUGCAAACUGAGAAGAAUCACAUAGACUCUACCAACUCAACCGUAUGUAUAAACUGUGUCUGCUAGACCUGGAGAACUGCUUCAUCAUGGUCGGGGACUUUUUAAACACUGGACUGACAUCAACACCAGAAAACCAAAAAAGAAAUGAAAAGUGAUAUUAGAACAAUAGACUACAUUUAACACAGUCUCAUGUUUGAAAAUGCAAAUUCAAGUCAAAACUACAUUUGUUUGACACUUUUAUUGACAUGGCAGUGGAGACGACUAAAAUAAAUGAAAAUUAAUGAAUAAUCAAACCAGCCACUGAGGCUCACAAGGAGUGAAACUUCCAAGUUCCAAUGUGCAUGUACCGGUAAGUAUAAGGGUCUUUAAUGUUUAUUCUGCACUUCUUUGGGCAAAAAAAACAAAAGUGAUAGCAUUGUGUCUUUUUCCUUUUCUGUACUGUUCUAUACUGUCAUGGUUAAAAAAAGAAACAUACACCUUCUCUACACAUUUUCAAAUACAAAACACCCGGUGAUAAAGUUGACUAGUUCUUUCAAAACAAAAGCAUAAAAAAUACUCAAAUAUUCUAAAUGCUAGUAGUAAUGUAUUCAAACAUACUAAUCACAAGUAUCGCUUAAAAGCUCCCGUGAGGUAUUUUUUUGUAUGGGGUUAAUUUUGGAGCAUCACAAAGUGAUACCUCAUCGCUUUGCUGGUUUGUACCUGUUCAUGUAGAAGUUCACUGAUAGAAACUGACCCAGCUUUCUUUUGACAGCCAAAUGUUUCACUCACUGUGAAUCUUUGCCACAGAAAAUGUACAACAACUCAGUUUGUCCAAUAACUACCCUGCAGCAGUGGUUACUACCAUUAAAGGUUAUAAUGUAGAAAUGAUCAGUCUUAUUGCUGAUAGUCUUGUUCCCUUUUGUAGGUCUUAAAGAGGUGUCAGUGCUCAUUUCAGUCUGUUUUAUAACCGGCUAAAAACAAAUGAAUAAUGAAAUGACUAACUGCUAAUCAGAUUAUACAAACCAAUCUGAGUAGCUCCAAUCAGAAUGUGUUUAUGACUCCCCCAGUUUUGCAUUAUUUAUUAAAGCUAUAGUUUCAUUUUUGUCCAGUAGGAGGCAGCCUAAGUCAAAGAGGAACGUAUCCUGUGUAUUCUGUGCCACCUAUAGGACAUCCAGUAUUUGUUUUAAAGGGUUUAAGUUGACAGUAGCUCCUUUUCCUCCUGCACAGAGUCAGAUGAUAAAGACUUCAGUCUGCAGAAUCACAUUACUGAAACACAAAUUUCCAUCAUCCUCUGGUCCCUUUAACUCUCCUAUGAAAAUGUGUUCUUUUUGUUCUAUGGUUAUUCAUCAGGUUUUAUAGCUUUGCCUAAUAAUGCAAUAUAUGGCUAUGUUGAAGGAGGGAAUAAUGAACUGGCAGGUAAUGACUUUAUUUGACCAUUUGGCUUUUCCACAUCUGAAUCGGUGCAACUUUCAUUAUAAAAGCUGGAUUGACUUGUGUUUUGCAUUGACAUCACUCAGAGGUGAAAUGUUUCCUCUUAUCAUGAGCUAAUGUGAGAGCAGAGGUGCCUCUUUUUUUUUCCCAUCACACCGCCGAUGACCCUUCAUGUUGUCCUGCACAGGAAAUGUAGCGUGAAAAAGGUGUGCACGCGAAUGUGUGUGUUUCUAACGAGUCCACCAUCCACAUCCCGCUGUCAUUAAGCCGCUCCAAGCGCAGGAGCUGACUCCCAUCCCUGUGCAGGGACGGACGGCAGCCAUGCGGCUCCCAGAUGAACAUUAAAGAGGCAGCAGAGAGCUAAAAUGGGACGCCUCUCCCUGUUUUGCCCCUCCGCUUUUUUAUUCCACAGAUGAGUGCAGAUAAUUUCCUGUGCGAUUGUGAGUGAUUACUGUAUUACUGCGGUAAAAGGGGGAUGUAUCUGGGAAUGCAGAGGGAAUUAAUGACACAUAAAAACUAUUUUUGUAUUGACUGCUUUCGUCUCCGGGGCCUUGAAUGCCUCCUCGCACAUCGUGUGAUUACCUAAACGUAUUGUAAAUAUGUGUUUCCAAUGGGCUCUUCCAUAAAUUUACAUGUUUUAACACUCAGGAGACGGCACACUGUUAGAGAUGAGUUACUCUCUUUUCUGCCCGUCUAUUGACUCCACUCGCUGUCUGCUUUAUUAUUGAAUUAGCCAAUGAGCCUCUGUGCGUCUGUGUCCCUGUGUGUAAGCCUGUGUUAGGGAGACAUAUGCAGUGCAUUAGAAAGAUGAAUACUCUGGAUUUAACCACACAACCAUGCCUCUGUUGUCUUUUCAAAUACAAUUUCAAUGUUGCUUUUAUAAUAAACAUGCAAAACACUC